AUGCCGACUCCCCAACAUGAGGUGGCCUCAGGUUCAUCAGACAAAGAACUCCAGGCGUCUGGCUUGGAAUUCGAUGCGUCAGAACGGCUUCGACUUAUGCAGAGUGGUUUGCCGCUUUGCAUAUUCUUAGAGUCGUCAGAAGUCGUGGCUUUGAAGCCUCCGGCUCCUCUGUACAUAUUUGUGCCUCGAGUUUCGUAUUUGCCGACGCUGAUAGACAAAUGCCACGAGCACUUCAAGCCGUACAUCCAGCCGUCCUUUGGCCAGCCGACAUCUCCGUUCUUCGACUUUGGCGGGAUACCGAUUGACUGGCGGCUACCAAUUGGCGUUGCCUUCGACAUCUUGAGCUCUAUGAAGGGAGGACGCGCCAAGCGGCUGACUGCGUCCGUUGCAGACACUUCUGCAGCAGAUGCUGGUUUUGGCGAGCUCUCUGCCUGCGGAUGCGACGUGGCGCUACCGUGGUGUUUGACGAUUCACUUUCAUGGUUCGGCGUCUAGCUACCUCAGUGGGGGUUCUAAUAAGGUGUUUUCUUCCCCUGGUUUCGUUGGGUGGGCGGGCUUUGAGAGUUUCUUCAUUAAUUCGCUCAAGCAGGCGACGUACAUCAUCAACGGCUCGGCAGUACCGUUUCAGCGACUCCCCAAGGCAGCCGAAAUGCAACUGCUUACCGCCUCCCGUACUGGAGCUAUUGCCGAGUUCCUCGACUGUUGUCGUCAGCUGCUGCCACCCAUGACCCCCAAACACUUCCGGCGCAUUCCUGUGCGGUUGUACAUUUGCGGGCCUCCCUGCUUUGAACUUUCUCUUAGCUUUCCCUGCUUUCUGACCAGCAGAUUCAGCAGCCCCGCUCAAACCCUCGACGGCAUCAGCAACCCCUUCUUCGCAGCUAGCGGCAACGGCGGCACGAAUCUCAGCAGCGAACAGCCAAAGAGCUCUUCUGUUUCUGAUGCUCCUGUUGCUGCUACUGCUGCUGCACCAUCUCAUGCUGGAGGCGGAGCUGCUGCUGCUGCCCAUACUGACACCGCAACGCUUUCUACCCUCGGCGAUCUCGUCCACUAUGUGCUGCCGCAGUUGUUUCCCAAGGUGACUCGCUGCAGUGCGCAGCAGCAGGCAGCAUCGCCAACGGCAACAAACACAACACCCACAGCAGCCAACAGCUGCGAUCCUGUGGAGGAACAGCUAAGGAAGAAGCUGCAGGUUAUUGAAGAGCCCGGCUACCACAUCGGCAGGCGCUCUUGCUGUGUUAUCGUUCAUGGGAUUCAGCCCCUGCUGCAAACCCCUUUGUUCUGGCUAGCAGCCACUGCUCCUCAGCUAGACCUCUUUCUGCAUAUUGUUAUUCUCGUUGAUGAGGCCCUCAUGGGCAGUGUCGAACUCUUUUAA